GCCGUAAAACUGCAAAGAAGAAGAAGACGAGAAGAAAAUACAUGAAGAAGAUGACGGAGAAGGAUAAGACGAAAAUAAUAUUGAUAAAAUGGCGAACGCGAAGAUGAACACAACAUUCCGUGACGGUGAAAACCCUGAGCUCAUGAGAUUGGACAUGGAGACUGUCAAAUGUCCAUUCUGUCACAAGACAGGGGGGUACCCUGAGCUUAUUGCUCAUUUGCAGGGCCACCAGAGGUCUGCUUUAAAAUAUGGUGGUUACAAUAUCUAUAAAUGCCACCUUGGCUGUGUGGCGAGCAGCCAUUACCAUUGUAGCUCGUGCCCACGUGUUAUUGUGAAGAAGGACUCUUUCCUUAAUCACUUCAAAACCUGCUGCAUGGCGACUGCGACGAGAAGUGUCUAUCUGCAUCCGCAGCCACUAGGAAAAACUCGCCCACGGAAAAACACGCCCACGGCAAAGCACGGCCAUUGCUCGUACGUAACGCUUCAAAACACGCCCAAGGAAUUGACGGAGAAGAAAAUACAUGAAGAAGAAGACGAAGAAGGAAAUGACGCGAAAGCGAAGAUGAACACAACAUUCCGUGACGGUGAAAGCCCUGAGCUCAUGAGAUUGGACAUGGAGACUGUCAGAUGUCCAUUCUGUCACAAGACAGGGGGGUACCCUGAGCUUAUCGCUCAUUUGCAGGGCCACCAGAGGUCCGUUUUAAAAUAUGGUGGUUACAAUAUCUAUAAAUGCCACCUUGGCUGUGUGGUGAGCAGCCAUUACCAUUGUAGCUCGUGCCCACGUGUUAUUGUGAAGAAGGACUCUUUCCUUAACCACUUUAAAACUUGCUGCAUGACAACUGCGACCACGACGACUCCGGCGAUGACCACAACGGCUCCUGCGACUACAGCGACCACAACGGCCCUGGCGACUGCGGCGACCACAAGGGCCCCGGCGCCUGCAGCGACCAGGACGGCUCCUCUGGCGACCGCAGCGACCAAGGCGGCUCCGGCGACAACCCUGACUGCUCUGGCGCCUGCAGCGACCAGGACGGCUCCAGCGACAACCCUGACGGCUCCGGCGCCUGCAGCGACCAGGACGGCUCCCCCAGCGCCUGCAGCGACCAGGACAACUACAGCAACAGGCCAUGUUUUCACAGCGCCAAAAAUGUUGUUGGCAAGGCGUCAAACAAAAACAUGUUGCUUGUGCGGCACAAAACUCCUCAAAAAGAACCUCAAGGUCCACAUUCAGAGGCACCACACUACAAAAAUAGCGGCUAUAACGGCAAAUUGCCACCUGCAGUCAAGGUGCAUUGAUAAAAAAAGGGGAAUUUUUGCUGUUGCCAGGUCCUUUAAGGGUCCUGCCCACUUUAUUCACGUACAGAAAUGUACCUGGGGUAGUGACCAUCGUGUGUCCUGUCAGCUGGACUCAUGCAACAGGGCGUAUGACUCUGCAGAGAGAAGGGGGUUAUUGGGGUUUGACUGUGUACAUGUUCGGUCCUUGGAGUUCAGUCCCGUGACCACUGCUUCACCUAUUGAUCUCGAUAAAGGCGUUCUGACAGAGAUGGUAGAGAGCGAGUGGUUUUGCAAAAGAACUGAGAGAGUGUGUCUGAGACGGAAGCUGACUGCCGAUACACAAGGUGCACCAUUGACAGUGGAGGUGAACCUCGGUGAAGAACAGGGACACAUUUAUUUUUCUGUGUUGGAACCACGCAUCUCCUCUUAUUCUAAGUUGGGGAGGGUCAUGGUCCACUAUGACAAAACCAGAGACAAGUGGCAUUGCCAUUGCUCAAAAGCUAGAAAAUCCUGCCCCCACACAUCCAUUGCCAAGUGGCACCUGCACCAAUCAAGGCCCGACUUUUUCAAAACAAUUGAAGAUUGUCCCGACGAGUCUUUUGAGUCAUUUUCCACUGAAGAAACACACGUGGAAGAUACAGCACAAGCUGACGACGGUCUUCUUUUUCCACCUGAAGGAAAGUCACUGGUGGAAAUGAUGGAUUAUGAUGUCUAUGGGUUCCAGACUGUUAUUGACUGCAACGGAUUUGCAACCAAAUAUUCCAAGUGAUAUUUAAAUUUCUGAUUGUGUUACUUUGUUGUGGUGUACACAGCCAAGAUAAUGACAAUUUUUGUCAUCGUCCAAAUAUAUAUGGACCUAACUGUACUUUUCAGUAGUUUGACUUUUCUGUAUCAGAAAGACCAAAUUUUUGGUCUGGUGUUAUGCAAUUAUAUUCUAAUAUAUUAUAGUUUUUUAUUGCUUGUUUAAAUAAUUUAAAAUCUAAUUAUUCCUGGUUAUCAGUUGAUAAAUACCUGUAUUUAAAUCUUUAUUUCAAAUUAUGUUGUCUUCCUAAGCCACAUUCACGUUUUCUUUUUUCUUUUUUAAAAAUCGGUUAUGGUGCAUUGUCUUCCGAAGCCACGUAGCGAGACGUACGAGCAGUGGGCGUGUUUUGCCAAGUGGCCGCGGUUGCAGACAGACCUACUUGGAAAUGAGAGCAGCAAACUCGUCAUAAUAUUAUAUACAGUCUAUGUCUUAUCGUAAAUGAACGCACAGAGGCGGCGGCUCCCUUUCAUAAAGCUUUUAUUUCACAGAUCUCCUGCAACAGGAGGCCUAGGCAGCCAGGCUCAUUACACAUUUACAUACACUGUCUGUGGACAGUCCUUACGCUGCUCCCCAUGUUAAAUAACUCAGUAAUUCAUGACAAAAAACAACAAACACGCACACACACACACAUACAUUGUUCAACGUAAGAUAAGAAUAACAAUAUCAUCAACAACAGUAAUAAUAUAACAGCCAUUGUUGAAUAGUAUGUAUCUCCAGGGUCUUAUGCUGCAUUUUCUAAAACUUGUUGCACAGUCAGUCAUCUUUAAGGUGCACCAUGAAAUCUGCAUGUGACGUUUCAAUAAAACCUGACAAAUGCUGCACCAUAACACGCGGUGAAGACAGAGAA